AUGAUUUGUGCAGUGUUUAUAUUUUCUUUUACCACAUUCGUGAACGCUGAAAUUAGAUCAUUGCAGCACGAUGCUUUUAUGUCAAGGAAGUCGAGAUCGAGUUCACCACCAAUACACUCUGGAUACUAUUAUAGCAAAGUUGACGAUCACCCGGGUACAUUAGCAAUGUACGGCAACGACGUAAGUGAUUAUAACCUUUACUCGCUGACUAAUAGUGGAAGUUUUCCAACCAACGCUCAAACUAAGUACGAUCCCAUACCAUUAGAUAUUAACCUAGGAAGUAACUCAAUAGAAGCUCACGCUGGAGAAACCCCACCAUAUUAUAAUGCUGAUAAGAUUUCCAGUUAUAAUUAUGAUUAUGAAAAAUCUAAAUCUGAAGCGGACUAUGACGCGCAUUAUUAUCCAUCGAAAAUGAAGUCUGAUGCAAUGUAUGAAAAGUUGAAAUCUAUAAUGCAUUACAAGUAUCCAGAGGCAAUGGGAGAUAUUAAUUAUUAUGACUUUCAAAAUGACUAUCAUAUUGAUGACGACGACGUAAGGUCCAGUUCCAGAACAUCGUAUGAUGGUUGGCCUUACUAUUAUCACAGCCCAUAUGAAUAUGAAACUAAGAAAAUGGACGCAGACGUGGAAAAAGCUAAAGACAAGCGUUAUGUUGCUGGUGUAAUUAAAGACCAUAUACCUGUCCACGAACAAGUUGAUGAUAUUCCUGUUGACUAUAGUGCAACUCCGGCUACUAACAGAUUUCAUCGUGCUAUGUCUACAGAUAACCCAAUUUAUGGUAAUAAACCCUUCUUCUCUUAUGUCCUAAACGAUUAUUUCGAUAAGAAUUCUGACGACGACCCUUUGUCUUUCAAAGGCAUGGAAUGGGGUAAGGAAUUUGACCAUGGUGCUUCUCCGCCAGGUCAGAAGAGAGAUAGAAGAUUGGAAUCACAUUACACUCCAGCUGACGCUGGAUAUUUUAAAGGUAACACGAACAACGAUCUCACAUCUUCUAAAGUUGCUGUAGCCGAUUCAUCCACAGAAAAAGGAUAUGAUAAAAAACAUGAAUAUGACAAACAUAAAAAGGGUGAUGAACAACAAGAACAACAUAAAUCUGCUUACGAAAAAAAUGGCAAUAAUUACAACGGAUUCAAAAAUUUCGUAGACAGUUUUGCAAACAAAUUCGGCGGUGAAGAAGAAAAAAAAGAUUCUCAAUAUAGUUUGUCUCAAAGUCAAGAUAAAGGUGAAAAUAGAAAAGGGUUCCGACGAGUAUACCACAAAGAUGAGUACCAAGAGGACAAUGAAUUUUUCGAUAACAGAAGAAAUAAGGCUAAAGCUGAAGAGAAAGGCAGCUCUGCACUUCAUAAUGGUGGAUCAAAUGCAAUUUUGCAGUCACAAGCUGCAGCAUCUUUGGGUAACGAGGCAAACGCGUUCAGUAACUCUGGAAAUAAUGACAAAAAGAAAUUUGAUAAUCAUCACAAGGGUCACGACAAUAGCAAGGGAUACGACAGUAAGUUUAACAAAUACAUAGACGUUGCCAAAAUGGCAGCAAAAAGUAACAGUGCUGAUUACGUAAACCAUUAG